AUGGUUCAAGUGCGCCAGGGACUAACCGUUCCAAUGAGAUUGAUGUACGCACUCAUCUUUAUCAACAUGGCGAUAGUCAUAGUGAUUUGGAUAAUGAUGAAAAAGACGUUCAGGAGUGCAAGAAUCCCGAUUUUUCAUCUUGGAUGGUGGGCUUUUUGUUUCCCUAUGAUUUCAUUCGGAUCCGCUGCACUGAACUACUAUAAAUACACAAGAUUUCUAUCAUGCAAGAUCGUUGCACUGAUAAUAGUUUCGAUAUCGGACUUUCUUUAUGUGAUGGUCGCUUGUUUAACACUCUAUCAUCUAGCAAGAAGAAAUCUAUUUAUUUCAUCAAGAUAUAAACUACCAGUUUAA